CGGGCGCUCCGAGGGGCGCGCGGGGGAGGAUGACGACGGUUUGGGAGCCCGACCUCGACGAGCUGCUCGCCAUCGUCGCCGAGACGGAGGGACGGGCGAGCGAAGAGGAGGAGGACGCGUCGAACAAGGGGACGAAGCGGAAGAGGGCCCCUUACACGAAGGGGCCGUGCGAGCACGGCGUGAAGUAUCGGUCGAAAUGCAAGGUGUGCAGCGCUUGUCCGCACGGUCGUGAGCGCAGAUACUGCAAGGAUUGCGGUGGGUCUAAAAUCUGCGAGCACGGUCGUCAGCGCGAUUAUUGCAAGGAGUGCGGUGGGGGUGCAAUCUGCGAGCACGGUCGUGAGCGCCACAGGUGCAAGGAGUGCGGUGGGUCUGGAAUCUGCGAGCACGGUCGUCGGCGCUCUCGGUGCAAGGAGUGCGGUGGGUCUGGAAUCUGCGAGCACGGUCGUGUACGCUCUCGGUGCAAGGAGUGCGGUGGGGGCUCAAUCUGCGAGCACGGUCGUGAGCGCUCUCGAUGCAAGGAGUGUAGUGGGUCUGGAGUCUGCGAGCACGGCCGUGAGCGCUCUAAGUGCAAGGAGUGCGGUGGUGCAUCAAUCUGCGAGCACGGUCGUCAGCGCUCUCACUGCAAGGAGUGCGGUGGGGGCUCAACCUGCGAGCACGGUCGUGAGCGCAGAUACUGCAAGGAGUGCGGUGGGUCUGGAAUCUGCGAGCACGGUCGUAUACGCUCUCAGUGCAAGGAGUGCGGUGGGUCUGGAAUCUGCGAGCACGGUCGUCGGCGCUCUGAUUGCAAGGAGUGCGGUGGGUCUCAAAUCUGCGAGCACGGUCGUAUACGCUCUACAUGCAAGGAGUGUGGUGGGUCUCAAAUCUGCGAGCACGGUCGUCAGCGCUCUUACUGCAAGGAAUGCGGUGGGGGCUCAAUCUGCGAGCACGGUCGUCGCCGCUCUAGGUGCAAGGAGUGCGGUGGGUCUCAAAUCUGCGAGCACGGCCGUGAGCGCUCUAAGUGCAAGGAGUGCGGUGGUGCAUCAAUCUGCGAGCACGGUCGUCAGCGCUCUCAGUGCAAAGAGUGCGGUGGGUCUGGAGUCUGCGAGCACGGUCGUCAGCGUACCAGAUGCAAGGAGUGCGGUGGGGCCUCAAUCUGCGAGCACGGUCGUGUGCGGUCUCAGUGUAAGGAGUGCGGUGGUGGUGGAAUCUGCGAGCACGGUCGUCAGCGCUCCAAAUGCAAGGAGUGUCGCGCGGCAAAGGCUGGAACGCACUCGUAGACUAGUAGCUCGUGGAUCCUCCGUCACGGUUCAACC